AUGGCGCAACACCUUUUGGAUGCGGUGCCAAGACGCUUGCGCUUUACACCUGGCAGCACGCGCAAUUUGCUGCUGCGGAACAUCUCCAAAGGCGAUUUGGUUUUGCAGAUCGAUCUGGAUCAUCCCUUCCUCUUGGAGCUGGGCUGCCAUCAAGAAAGCACCGUCCUGCCGCCUGGUGAGACCUUAGCCUUUCGACUGCGCGCCCAAGCUGCGGCGUCUCGAGUCGUCGGGGGGACCUUCUCUGUGCACAUUGACGGCCCAACACCUCCGCUGCUCGUGGAGCUGCUGCUGGCGCCAGAGGAGGCCUCGGAGGAAGAACUCCAGCGCUGUGCGCAGCAGGCCCGGGAGGCACAGCAGGCACGGGCGCGAGAGGCACGAGUGAAGCCAGAAGCAGUGCAGAUGCAGAUGGGAGAUGCGGAGGAGAAGAGGGGUGUCCAACUUGUCCCUGCUGUCUUGGCCGAGUACUUGGGUGAAGCCCCCAGCGCGGCUGCUCUGCGUGGGGGUCUCCGUCUGGGAGCGGCCGCGGCCGGCGACACUCCCGACACGCCCGGAACGCCGCGCUCUGAGCACAGCGCCGCGCUGCCGGAUGGCCACGUGCGUGGAGCGCUGGAGGAGGGGGACGAACGGCCACCCACUCCGACUCCGGAGGAGUUUCGAGAGGCAUUUGCAAAGGCUCCGAGUGCCCCCGUGGCGCCGAUCGCUCCGGAGCUGGAGAUGGCAGGGCCAGAGGUGACAGUUCGACAAGUCGUGCAGUUUGAUCUUCCGGCUCGUAGCCGUGAAGAGCCAUCUGGGGCCUUGGAGGCUAGCUAUGAGCACGUCUCCAGCAAACUUACUCCAGCAGAGGCCACACGGAUCGCUGCAUUGAGGGCCAAGGGGUUGUUGAAGGAGGGAGCUGAGGUGCCACAGGCACCUGUGCCACCGCCUCCCAAGCCUGCUGGUUUUGAAGAGUCGGAUUUGUUCUAUGUGGAAGGUUCUGGAUGGUGUGACAUCUACGGUCGAACUGUCGGAGAUCACAGCUUCAGCGGCUUCACCCGCCCUACCCAAAGUGUCGGGAGUGGAUCCGUUGCAUCAAGCCCGAGAUCAAAUGUCUCUGGAAGCCCUUCAAAGAGGAUGCCUAGAGAGAUCAAAGCUUCUCGCAAAGCUCAGCAAGCAGCUUGGGAUGCCAUACCUGGCAUUUGA